AUGUCAGCACAACAGUUCGUCAAAGUUGGCACCUCUGCCCUCAUCUUCAAUGCAAAGAACCCGGACGAGUUCCUCAUCGGCUGGCGCAUAAGUAAAAGCCAUGGCACAAAGUAUACGCUGACUUUGGAAAUCACAUCAGAUUCAUGGCAAUUGCCAGGCGGCCACUUAGACGUAGGAGAGGAGGUCGCGGACGGCGCCGUCAGAGAGGCCACUGAGGAGACCGGCCUCAACGUCAAGGCCCUCGGAGAGAUUGAAUGUACCAACGACAUCUUUAAGAACGAGGACCCAGUUAAGCACUACACCACGCACCAUGUCGCCUGCGAGAUGAUUGAGGCGGAUGCCGUGCCGCGGGUCACAGAGCCCGACAAGUGUGCAGAAUGGAGGUGGGUGACUCGGGAAGGACUCGAGAAGCGCCAGAUGAAUGGCGAGAAACUCUUUCUGCCUCUAGAGAACCUGCUGAAGAAAACGGCUGGAACCAACAAACUAAGAAAUCCCAGAGUGAGUUCGGAGGAGGCGUGA